AUGCCCACAUCCACUAUUACCGAAUCCAACCCAUCAGAGACUGUGCUCUCCGAGGAAUUUAUUCAGGACGCGUUCCAUUCGUACCUCAAGUCGUCUCUGACGCAGGCCAAGAUCGAGGGUCUGCUCCCUACAAAUGUCCUAUCGAGUGCAGAAGGCGAUCUGAUGAUAACAGGUCCUGCACUAUGCCUCUACUUUGCCGCGCUGCGUUCUACCACAGAGCCACCGUCUGUCCCUCUUCCAAAGCGUUCGAAAGGCUCUAGCCCUCCAUUACAGCUCUCUCAGGAUAACUGUCCACCAACGUUUCGGCCGUUUUGGAUAGUCUGGUCCCACACUGUGCCCGAGAUACAGGCGUUGGUACCCGAGUAUCAACAUGACCUUGCGAGGGUCAUCUGCGGUCUUCCCCCCAUCGCGAGCCCACUCAAUCCACGGUUGAACGGCAUCGCGGCUGAUUUGCGGGCGGUGGCUAUCGAGAUAAGCAUGCGGCGAUCGUUCCAGGAUCGCUAUGCGAACGACUUGCAGGCUGCGCUGGAUGCAGGUAGUGGAGGGCGCAAAAAGGUUAAGGCCAGCUUCGUUCCUCCUCCGGUCUACGACUCCCCGCCGGCAACCAGGCCAUCACCAUCACCGUCUCCGUCCACGGCCUCCUUCAGUCCCAUUCCACCUUCCCUGCAUUCUCCAACGCCAACCAUCCUCACACCCGACUCUCCCGCCAUCGAGUUCAUCCGUGAGACGCUGUAUGCCGCAUUGGCUGACGUCAUCGAGCGGAUGCCACCUCUCAGGCGCUUAUUGCGCUCCGACCCGUCUCGAGCGUACUUUGCCUCUGUCGCCUUUGCCAUUCUCGACGUUGCCACCACCUCUGUCACACAUCCAGAGCUGCAAACUAAGGGUCUGGCGGACGUCCUUCCUAGCAGCGAAUCCGGUGAUCACGAGGCUACUAUUUACGGCGUACUCGAGCAGACACUCACACUCUCCAAGUGCCCGCCAGACCUGCGUCCCUUUAUGAAAGAGCUGUGCGCGAUUGGCCAAGCAGCGCGGGAUAUGGAAGAGGAGGACUCUGUGGCCACUGUACAUGCACUUGAACGCGAACGUGAGCCACCCAGACCGAGACUCGAGCGCGUACGCGAUAUCCUCGAGGGCGGCGUCGGCCAUGCCUUCAAUUCUGGCAGCACGCACCGCCAUAGUUCCCGUAGAUCCUCCGCUCAAGGUCAUGAUUCGCGAUCGACGGAUCCCCGUCGCCGCACCACCUCCACUGAGAACAGAGCGGUUGCGUUUGCCAACCGCAUCAACGCGCUCGCACUCGGUAUGACGAAGCUCCGCGCGUUCAGGGAGAGACAGGACGUGGUUUUCAAAUUCUGCGUAUUGUAUACUACUUGGCUUCUGCUAAUCGAAGAAAUGCACAGGGCCGGUGACCCACCAAACGGAUUGCCGGGGAUCAUUCGCGAGAACUGUGCCUUACAUGCGCGAGCCGCCGAAGAAGGCAUGCAAAUGCUCGUCGCACAACAAACUGCACCGUUGUUGUUCAUCGUCACGGUGUCCUCGGUCAGGCGACACGUUGGAUGCAUUUUCAUCGAGCGCUUUCUGAAAGUCCGCUACGUUGUGGGCGUCCUUGAUGUCCACAGGAAAUAUGCGCACACAGACGUAACGACUGUGGCGGGUGUGGAAUAUGAACAUAUGAUAGACAGUCCCCAGCAUCUAUCGCACUCGUUCACGCCACCUCGACUUGGACCUCGAGAGUUAUGCAUCCUGGCUGCAAGCGGAACCCCAACGCCUCUCCGAGCAGCCCAUCGCGUCUCCGAAACAACCACCUACUCGACGACCCCGACUCUGCUGGAGUCAAACCCUUACCAUGACUCAGUUAUGGCGAAGGCAAAGAUUCUAAAGGAAUACACCCGAAUCUCGGGGGUUCAACUGGAUGACGAGAGACGCCAUGCACUGGGUGGCGCGAUUCUGCGCACUGCUUGGUCGCGGUGCUCGGUAUGCAUCGAGUACCCCAGGAUUGUAUAUGAUGAGUGGGCAGCCAUGCACGCAGGCGCCUUGGGCGGUGCACUACUUGGCGUCUUUAUUGGUGCGGCCACCGUAAUCUACGCCGUCUAUGUGCGCAGGCGUCGUCGGGAGCCUCCUGCAGAAGAUGGAUUCUCUACUGUGCAGCAUGUCCUCAAGAUGCUUCCUAAAAUCGCACGACCGUUCGUAAUCCGAACGUCACUAUUCCUAGCAGAACUAGCGACCCAUGCUGCAUUCGGCGUCGCAGCAGGCGCCCUUGGUUCGGCGAUAUGGACGUGCGAGCCAACCAACCAGGCGAACAUGGGCCCGGAGAUUUCGCGAGCCGCAAAGGCGGGUCUAGUGGGUACGCUUCUUGUCGGGCUUGUCGUUGAAGUUGCAGUUGCAUUUGCCCGAAUUUUGGCAGACAUCGUGUAA